AUGUAAGAAUAAGUAAUUGAUCUUACAAAAAUGAAUUAAGGAAAUGUAGAUACAAUAAUUAAUUAAAUUGAAAUCAAUAUCUAAUAGAGAAAGUUAAAGUAUGGAGAUGAUGAUUAAAAAGUAACAUUUUUAUCUUAAAUUUGAUAAUAGAUUUUGAAAUACAACCAAAUUCUAUGUAAAUUGUUAAAUCAACAAGCAUUAAUAGCUCUACAAGUGUAAAAUUAUGAGAUUUGUUUAAAAUACCUUAAGAAAGCUGAACUUAUUACUUGUUUUGUUCCAGAACUUAAAGUAUGAUAUCAUUAAUAAAAUAGGCUCAAACAUUGAGCAAUUUAGCAUGUUAUUAUAGAAAAAUAGGAAAGACAAGGACGGCUCUCUAAUAUCUUUAGUAAGCUUUAGGAAUUGAAUUAAAGUAAAUUAUUUAAUUCUAUGUAGAAAUGAAACAGUCACAACAUUACCUGAAUUAUAUCUCAAUCUUUGUGCAGUAUUUUCAUAAUUAGAUAGACAUGAAGAGGCUAUAUAACAUAUUUAUUUAUCAAUAAUAAUGUUGCAACAUGAACUAUUACUUCAAUUCUUAAAAUAAAAUUAAUUAACAAGCAAAGAUGUAAUUUAAAAAUAAAACUUAUAUGAUUAAACAAAUUAAUAAAUUAAUAAUUAAUAAAAGGAUAGAUUAUUUGAACAAAUUCAUUUAAAUAAGGAAUAAAAAGAGAGGAUAUAAAUUUUGAUUGUAGCUUACCAUAAUUUGGGAGUAGAAAUGGAACACUUAAAAUAAAGUCUUGAAUCAAAAAAUAUUUUUAGAUCUGCUUAUUAAUUAUCAUAAAUAAGUCUUAUAUCUAAUCAUCCACUUAGAUAGACUUUAGGAUUAAUUAUUUAAAAGUAUGAUAAUAGUGAUUCUAAAGAUAAUAUUGAAUCUGUAAACUUAAAACCAAUUUUACCAAAAUUGAAUCUAAGAUCAUAUGAUUAUAAAUAAGUUUAUAAGAGUAAUUCACCUAAAUUCAUUUAAAAAAAGAGACCUUAAUCUCUACCAAAAAAUAAAAGCAAUAUUGGUUCUAAAGAGGAUAAAAGAAACAUUUCAAGCGAGAAAACACAAAUGGAAGUAUAUAAAUUUAUUAGGAUUAAUGAUUUAAAUGAAGAAUAUUUGUAAAACUUAGAUAAUAAAGAUAACAUAAUAUAUAAAGAAUUGUAUAUAACAAUGGAUACAGGAAAUUAGAAUACAUUGAUGUGA